AUAAUCCCCCAAGAACUCAAGCCACGCUUUUACCUCACAACCAUUCUGCAUCUCGAGCGAAGCUAAUCGAUUACCAUUUUAUUUCAUCCAUUAAAAUCAUAUUAAUCACCAUGGCUGAAGAAUACCUUUUCUCUAUUGAAUUGAACCAGGACAAGACCAAAGAACAUUGGGAUCCUCAACCCGAACAAAAUGAAGAAGAUGGUGAAGACCAGAACUUUGGAGUUGACCAAAAACUUAUCGUAAAGAUGGUUAUCUUGGGAAAAGAUGCUAAAGUUGGAGAACAGAACAUUGUUCAAAUUGAAGCCAUGGGUCUAAAAGGCAAAUUUAAGACUCCCAUUGCCAUUUUGGAAAUGGGUAAAUGCCCACAAAUACUUUUAGACUUGAGUAUUCCAGACUCGCCAGUUACCUUUGAACUUAUCUCUGGUAGUGGUCCAGUGCACAUUGUUGGCCACAAUUUAUUAGCUAACAACCUUGAUGAAUAUGAAGAUGUUGACGAAGAAGAAGUUGAAGUUAACGACUACGACGAUGAAGAUGAUGAAAAGGACGAUAAGGAGGAGGAUGAAGAUGAGGAGGAGAUCGAAGAACCCAAGAAGAGGAAAACCAAACAACCAGCUAAAAAUCAAGUAAACAAAAAACAAAAAAAGAAUUAAAAAGUUCUAGACCAUUAGUACAUAAGUAAAUUUAUGAACUCCAUGUCUAGCAUUUAUAGUAAAAUUAAUUGUGAAAAUCAUGUCUUGUCACGGAUUGAUGCUGGAUCAUUAUUUUAAAUGAACGAGUGACAAAUGAACUUCCAAGUAUUUUUCUUGGGUAUACAAAGCUGUCUGAAAAAUAAAUAAUAUUGUAACUAUUUCUUAUUGUAUUGCUUGCUGAUUUAUUGUUGAUUAUCAAUAAUGAAGAAAACUAUAUGCAUCAAUCAUACAUUUUUUUAUAAUUUUUACCUAUUGGUAAAGCAGAUUUUGCCAUGAAUUUUAAGUUUUAAUCUGAGAAAAAUACUAUCAGUCACAAAUAAAAAUUUUUGCCUUUAGAAUUGAAAACGGACUGUUACUUGUUAUUAGACAAAUUAGUUAGGUAAUUUUUUGAUACAUUUUUUGUGUAAUAUCUAAAAGUAAGAAUUGAUUAUUGUGAUGUAAUAGUCAGUCAAUGAAUCAUGCAUAAAGAUAAAAGCAUUAUAUUAUAUGAUUGAUUUGCGUCGUGUUUUCAUGAUGAUUGAAAUUCAAUAUUUUAUAUUUACGGUGUUACUUCAAUUUUAUUUUUGAUCCGAUAACUAAAAAAUUGAGCAGAUAUACUCGAAUGUGACUAUAAUACAACUUUGUAUUUGAUGAUGAUUCAAUUUAUAAUAUAGCAUAGUAUAUGAUGAGUGAGAA